CAUGAGCUCGCCCGACGACAUUCCCGGAACAUCAAAGCCGCGCGCCACGAAGCGCUCUCCACGGACCUCCAGCAGCGACUCCAAGUCAAUGCCCUCGCCGCCCCAGACGACCAGCAAUGGGGCACAUGGCUCGCCAUCCGGCAGAUCUCCCAGCGCCGGACGCAGUCCCGCCGGCAACCGAAGCCCUGCCGGCGGUCGUAGUCCCGUGGGUGGCCAGAGUCCCGGCGUGGGUCCAACCAACAUGCGCGAUCGCCUGCUGGUGUCCAAUGCCAUUGCCAUGGAUGUGUCGGCCAGCGAGUCGACCUCUAGCUCUUCAUCGCCGCAGAUGAAUGGCCAUAAUCACGAUGACUCCAACGAGUCCGAUCAGCUUAACGGAGGUUCCACAAAUGGAACCUCUCGCAAGUCCAAGAAGAAAAAGAAGAAGAGCCACAGUCGUCGUGAGCGCCGCCUAUCCGGAGAUUCGGCUCUCAUGGGCUGGACAGGGGGAUUCCCCAAGCUGACGGCCAUGGCCAGCAUUGAUAGUAGCUCGGAUUUGGAGCCGCAGUCGCCGGGCGAGCUGCGGGCGCUGGGCAGAAGAGGUCUGAGUGUGUUUCCGAGGGUCGAACCGCAGGCGGAGACAGCAGCAGGGCCAUCAGAGUCGUCUGAAGUGGCUGUAACUGAAACUGAAACAGAAAUUACUGAGGAGCAGCAGCAACAAGAGCAGCAGCAGCAGCAGCAGUCGCUAGCAACGCCUCCAUCGCCGAUGAUGACGUCGCCGGUCGAGUCCUCGCUGUCCUCCAACUCUGACUUGAAUAUGACGACAUCUACGCCACCGGGACGUGGACCAGAACCAGAACAACAAGAACCAGAACAACCUAUCACUUUAGCAACUGCAACUAGUACAAAUCUAACUACAACCACACCAACAACACCGACAACUAGCAACAGCUACAACAAUGUAAACGCAACUGGUACUGCAAGUCCAAGAACAACAGCAACAGCAACAGCAACCAACAUGCAACAAACAGAAUUAGACAAUCAGGAGAAGGAAAUGGAGAAGGAGCAGCCAGCGAAGGCAGAGGAAAAGCAGGAUGAUCAGGAUAAGCAGCAGCAGCAGCCGGCAGAGAAUCCGGAGCAGGAGGAGCAAAUUGAAUCGUUGGUGGUGACCGAGGAUGAGAACAGCUCAAGUGUUCCCCCGGUAUUAAAGUCAUCGUCGCCGCCGUCGACUCCUCGUUCCCGCAAACGCGCAUUCAGUCCCGCCAAGAAGGAGAAUACCAAGAAGACAACUCCCGACGAAGCUAUGGAUGUUUCGCUAGACGAGAGUGCCGAAAAAACUGAGGACAUACCCCUGCCCGUGUCCAGUCGCUUUGCCAAGCGUUUCAAGUCCUUCUGUAGCCAGACCUUGCAGUCGGUUGAGCUGAUGCGUCGCACUUCGCGCUUCAGCAGCCAGGAGCCUCCAGCCAAGCUGGAGGAGGAACUGGCCCCCGUCGUGGGCAGUAAGGAGUCGCCUGAUCCUAAACCGGAGGCCGCCGCUGCGGAAGCACCUCCCACACCCUCGGCCCUGAAACUAAAGGCCACCGACGAGUUCUAUCGCCUGCCCUUCGCCUACGGCUGGAAGCGUGAGCUCGUCCUGCCCAGCACUGGUAAUCCCAAGCGUCGCACCGGCGAUGUUUUCUUCAUUGCGCCCAACGGACGCAAGUUGCGUUCGCGCGAGGAUAUUGUGCCCAUGCUGAAGGGCGAGCUGACCAUCGAGCACUUUUGCUUCCAGCGGCAGGCGCAGGAGGCGGGGCCGGAGUUCGAGUUGGUGCGUCGGGCCACGCCCUCCAGCGUGCAGCGUAGGAAGUCCCAGCAGGCGGUGGCUCAGCCGGCUCCCUUGCCGGUCACCGGGAAGCGUGUGUCCAAGCCCAAGGUGCCCAAGGGCGCCAGUCCACCGAGCGAGGGAUGGACGGCCACCAUGGCGGUGAAGGGGAAUUCCCGAGUGCUGGCCUCCAGCAACGGGAGCAGCAGCUCGACCGGAGCCACAAUUGUGACCACGUCCACUCGCAAGCGAAGCUUCAUGUCCAGACAGUCGUCGCGGCUGACCAGCGAGAAGAUUGUGGCCUGUAUUCAUUGCCAGGCUCCUUUGCAGGGCUCUCCCAAGACCAACAUUUGUCAGAACUGCUCGAAGAUCAAGCGCAAGAAAGAGAGGGAAUCCGAGAUGACGGCAGAGCCUCAGCCGGAAAAUGAGGAUCAGGAUGAGGAGCAGAAUGACGAUGGCGAUGAGACCGAGAGCGUUGGCAGCCUGUUGGAGAUUGGCGAGGAGAUUGAGGUGCCCGGCCAACAGCCGCCGGCCGAGCUGUUCAACAAUUUGGGACACCGGCGCUCGCCCAAGGAUCAGGAGGUGGUUGUGAUUGGCGGACGCAAGGCUAUAGCCAUUAAGGCCGAUCCGCCGCGUCGCCAAGUGAAAGUGGUUCCACGACAGCCUGAUUUAACUGGCUAUGAGAAAAUCUACAGCAAGCGCAGCCAGGUCAAGAAUUCGGAUAACGAACUGGUGGAGAGCCUGGGCAAUGCCCACAACGGAUGCCAGGUGCUGAUGGCCAUCAUGAAGACGAUGAACCUGAAGGACCGCGCCAACAUGUCGCGGGUGUGCAAAACCUGGGCCAUGGUCAGCCGCGAGAUGAGCGUGUGGCGCUCGGUGAGCCUGCGCGACACUUAUGUAGGCAACUGGCUAUUCUGUAUGCGCGAACUGGCCCGCCACCGCACUCGCGAGCUGGACAUGAUGGGCGUGAUCAUGGCCAAGCCGCAGCUUCGUUUCGCCGGCGAUUUGCGCGUCCUCAAGGCGCUGCGCGUUCUACGCACCGAUGCGGUGGAUGGAGAGUUCCUGCAGCUGGUCUUUCGCCAUCUGCCGCAGCUGCUGGAGCUGAGGGCCACCUGCACGAGUGCUACACUGAAUCUGUGCCACCUGGAGCAGUCCGCAGAACUGCGCGUGCUUCGCAUCCACAUGACCGAGCCGAAAUCGACCUUGGUAUCGCUGGACUCACUGGCCAAACUUACGCAUCUGACUGAGUUGAGUCUGCGUGGAGUGUCCGAUUUGGGCAAGCUGAACUUGCUGUUCUUGAAGGAUCUCGCCGGCCUGGAGGUGCUAUCGUUGGGCUCGUGCCAGGACCUAAACUCUUCGCAGUUUGGCACGCAAGUGCUGCCCGCUCUGAAGCUGCUGCGCUCCUUCCGCCUGGAGAACGAUCACAAGGGCAUGGCCAUGUUCCCGGUGGACGAGAUUAUGCUUGGUCUAUCGAAGGCCGGGGGAGUCAAACGCCUGGAGCUGGUGAAUGUGGAUGUGGACGGCGGAUUCAGCGCCUUGCUGGCCGACUGCCCCAGUGUUACGGAUCUGCUGCUGACCCCCAAGUGUAUGCAUAACACGGCCAAUAUGACCAAUGCCGUUAUGCAGGCGAUCAGCGACAAUGCCGAGCAGUUGCUGGUGUUCCGUCUCGGUUUGGUUACCCAGCUGCUCAGUGCCACCGGGGCGCUGUACAAGGGAAAGGGCAAGGACGUGAUCCCAGUGCAGCGUCCAGUGCCGGGAAUUCCGGAGAACGACCACCUAAAUCACUGCUCCGGCGACGAUAAUUGCCAGGAGACGGAGCACAGCCAGUGCGUGGCCUUUCUGCCCGUGGAGCGCUUGAAGGCGAUCCUGCACCACAUGAUGCCGCAGGCCUGGCUCACGGUGGCCAAGGUGGCGAUGUGCGAGACGACCAGCAUCAAGUUCCUGCCCCGUCCGGAGGAGAGCAGCGAGGAGAACUUCUAGCCUAGGUGCCAUAAGAUAUAGAUAUAAGUAACCCCCCUCCUCCUCCCAGUACCAGAGAUGCCAAGACUGACACUUUGAGAACCAUCACAAAAAAACCACAACUAAAUUCCAGCGGAAACGAAGAACGAACAAGGAAAUGUUAUUGCGUCAUCUUAAAAAGAGCAUUCCCAGGAAUCGCACAUUAUUUUUGUUUUUGAAAUCAUCUUUCGUUUAACGGCGUUUAAAACGUCCCAUUGUCUCACCUUCGCAUUGGAAGUAGAAUCAACAGCAACGCUGUGUUUUUGUUCGACCUUCGGGUACUUACCAUUUAUUACAUCUUAAACAUCUUGUAAUCAAACCAAUUUGUAAUAGGAGUUGAACCUAAUAAAACGGCAGAUCUCCUAGUGUGGGAAAACUUACUUGACUAAAUUGAUAGAGAACCAAAUGAUUGGGAAAUGUUGAAUUUCAAAUUCAGCGGUAUUCUUUAGUUCAUAAGUUAGAAAUAGCUCAAGUCUAUAUGUACAUAAAGGUCCUGUUUGCCUUCAAUACGAAGCUCAGAUCGAACUAUUGAUUAAGUUGUAGUCGUAAAAUGUCGCACAUUAUGUACAUUUCGGCACUCAUUUAAAAAUAAAAUCCAUAAGGGAAACACCCUUCACUUUC